GGAGAGAGAGAGAGAGAGAGAGAGAGAGAGCGUUAACAGGGGAUCCAUGGAGCAUGUCAUAGCACCAGUGUUUUCUAUGUCUUCUUGUCCACGAUGCACUUUAGGAUUUCAAUAAGAUGCGUGUGUGUUUCCAGAUAAUCAGCUUCUUCCUCGCCGUAAACUUUUACUGCCAGCCGCUCCGAGCUCAGGAUCCCUCCUGUUGCCACCAUGCUGCCGAGUUUUCGCCUUGCAAAGAAGCUUGUGACCAGCUCGCCACUAUAAAGAGUGAGUCUCGUCUAAAGCAUCUCCUUCAGAGGUUACCCGGUUACUGUCCAGAGUCUAUGAAUGAACUUUGGAUGUGCAUUAACUCUACACUUCCAGGAGUAUCCAGGAAGUCAGACGGCUGGGUGGGGCUGGGCUGCUGCGAGCUGGCUAUCUCAUCUGAGUGUCGCAGGGAAUGCAGACAGGCAUCAUCUAAAAAUGACAUAACAAAAGUAUGCAAAAAAGUCACAGAGAACUCCCUCUACAGCUGCAUCACCAAAAAUGAAAUGGGCUCCACAUGCUGCAGCUAUGCAGGGCGUCACACCACCUGUAGGGAGUACUGCCAGGCCAUCUUCAGGACUGACUCAACCCCCACCGUGUCCCAGAUCAACGCUGUCAAAGAGUACUGUCACAGUCACAGUGCUCAGCUGCUCAGCUGCGUCAGCAACUUCACCAAGUCCUACCCCAUACGCAGCCCUCUCGACAGUCUGUACUGCUGUGACCGGGCGGAGGCUACCCACUGCCAGGUGGCUUGCCGGCGAAUCCUUCGCACCAUGAGCACCGAGCACGAGAUCAUGGAGGGUUUGAUCGAGGAGUGUGGCUCCCAGCCGCUCCCUCAGGAACCUAUGUGGCAGUGCUUUCUGGGCAGCGCCCACCCUCCUUCCCCACCUGAAGAGGAGACCCCCCAUCCUGCCAAGAUGGACUGUGCCAAGCUGCACUGCUGCUCCAAGGCUAACACUUCACUCUGCAGAGACAUGUGUCAGGAGAUCAGUACUAACUGGGGCAGCCAGACGUGGCAAGACUUUGACCAGCUCUGUGAGUACAACCCUGGGGAGACAGAGCUCAUCAACUGCCUGGCUGAUGUCAGAGAGCCCUGCCAGCUGGGCUGCAAGGACCUCAACUACUGCACCAACUUCAACAACAGGCCCACAGAGCUGUUCCGCAGCUGUAAUGUCCAGUCAGACCAGGGAGCCAUGAAUGACAUCAAGCUGUGGUCCAAUGGGACGAUCAAGAUGCCGUUCAUGAACAUCCCUGUGCUGGACAUCAGGAAAUGUCUGCCGGACAUGUGGAAGGCCGUGGCCUGUUCCCUGCAGAUCAAACCCUGCCACAGCAAGUCCAGAGGCAGCGUCAUAUGCAAGUCAGAUUGUGUGGACAUCCUGACCCAGUGUGGGGACAGGAAACGUUUCCAUGAAGGACAAACUCCAGAGAGGAUCUGUGAGCUGCUGUCACCCAUUGAUGACCCUGAACGCUGCAUCCCCCUCCACAGAUACCUCACCCCCAGUUCUCUAGGCAACAACAUUGUUGUGGAGGUCAUCCAUCCAUGCAACCCCAACCCAUGCCCCAGCAACCACUUGUGCCAGGUCAACAGGAAGGGCUGCCUUGAUGAACUCAACUGUCAGCCAUACCUCUGUGUGCCAGGCUGUAAACUGGGCGAGGCCUCAGAGUUUCUGGUGCAGCAGGACGCUCGUAUCCAGGUGCCUACUCGUGCUGGUCCUGCUGGAUGCUACGAGGUCUGCAGCUGUGGUCCCAGUGGGCGUCUGGAGAACUGUGUGGAGAUGCCAUGUGUGGACACCAGCAAGCCCUGCAUCGUAGGAGGACAGAGGAAGAGCCAUGGGACAUCUUUCAGGAUCGACUGCCACACCUGUUCCUGCUUCGCUGGUGACACCAUCUGCUCCACCAGAGAAUGCCUCGGCCUGGACAGCUCUGAUGAGGACCGCCGACACCUAACUGGUCCGUCCGUGUGUUUGUCAAAUGCCACACGUGCACCUGUCUUUCAACAAUGUCUUCCCUGUAGUUGUCCGGACCGCUUCGUCCCAGUGUGUGCCUCUAAUGGGCGGACCUAUCCCAGCGCCUGUGUGGCUCGCUGUAUGGGAUUCAAGGACCAUCAGUUUGUCUUCGGCCUGUGCCGCCUCAGUAACCCCUGUACCAACAAACCCUGCCAGAGAAACCAGAGGUGCAUCCCAAAGUAUCGUGUGUGUUUGAGUGACUCGUCGGACUGCCCGCAGUAUGAGUGUGUUGGCCGGCCAGCAGCCUGUGAUAAGAACAGUGUGGAGCCGGCCUGUGAUACCGACGGCCUGGUCCACCCCAGUCUGUGCCAGCUGCAGCAGGCUGGGAAAACCCUGGCCUAUAUGGGCCAUUGCCAGGAUGCCUGUAGGAAGCCUCAGCAGGUUUGUGGCCAUAAUGGUGAGACCUAUAACACAGUGUGCGAUGCCUUCUCGGACCGCGUGGCUGUGGACUACAAGGGCCCCUGCCACGCUGUGGGGGCCGUGUCUGACGUGGCCCCAGACUCUGCGUGCAGUGUAAUUCCCUGUCCGCCUCUGUCCACUCCGGGCUGCUGGCCUGUCACCCCACCUGGAGCCUGUUGUCCCAUAUGUGCCAGCAUGCUGCAGAUCCUCUGGAGCAAAGAGCAGAUGAACACUUUCUCUAAGUUGAAUAAGAACCAGCCGGUGACGGUCCAUGACAUCCUGCAGACCCUACGGCUUCAUGUCUCCGUGCCGCAGUGCGACGUCUUUGGCUACCUGAGCAUCGACCACGAGCUGGUGGUCCUCAUCGCUCCAGUGGACCAGCAGCCAACACCGCUGCAGAUUGAAGCCUGCAGUAAGGAGGCCGAGAAGAUUGAUUCCCUCAUCAAUUAUGCCAGCCCUACGCUGGUCUCCCACGUCCCUCUCUCCGCCUUCCUCACCUCCGAGAUCAAGACCUCCUCCAUCCACUCAUCCGGGGGCACUCUGCUUUCAUCUCUGCCCCCCGGCCUGUGCUUCCUCCUAGGCCUCCUCAUCGCCACAGCCCCUGUCCUCCACUAGCUCUAAGUGCUUAUUAUCCCCACCCAGCCCCUCCCUCACUAACUCUUGAGUGUUCCAAAGUAGCCCCCCCUCCUGUGAUGACGCGGGUGUCAGUGUGUUCGGGCGGUCACGGAGCAGGAAGAAGCAGCGGCGACAUCUUCCCGACAAUCAUUCCUAUUGACUCACCUGCGUGUCAAACAAUCAAGGUGGUGGAAAAACUAUUAUUAUGGAAAGCUUUUGUAUGAACUGUGUUACUCAGUGAAUGAGUUACUCACUGGGUUUCCCUCCAGUGAAGUAUGCUUAAGUGUGUGAGUGUGUGUAUGCGUGUGUGUAACCUUUAAGAAGCAUUUGACUUCAUACCAGCAGUGUUUAUCCAUUAGUCCCAGCAGCAAGCUCUCCUCUGAAAGCUGUUGAGUGGGAAUGGAAAUUUCAUGACUCACUCUGUCUUGUUCUGAGGCUUUGUGUGUGUCUUUAUGUGUGUGUUUGUGCGUGUCCGAUUGGAUUUUGGAGACAGACAAGGACAAAACAUCUUUGUCUGGCAGCACAUCUGUCUGACAAAUUACCCGAAAUUCCCUCAGCCACACACACUUUCACAUGCACUCACACACAAAGAUUAGUGUCACUUAAUCCACCUCUGUUCAGUGUAAACCAUAUAAUAGAUGGAGUCUGAUCAGCAUUUGUGACAGCAAGUGACACUUUUUAUGCCUCCGGUAAACACAGGCAUGCAAACUUGUAACCUUUCGGUGAAAUUUGCCGUUUUUAAUCCAAAAUAUGUCACGUACGUGAUUUGUGCAGAUCAGAUGAGAAAUAUAAAAAAGGGCAGUCAGAAAGAGGUAAGAGAUCAAAUUGGAUGAAAACAAUAAUUGUUAGCAAGCUAGCUAACAUUGUUACCUAUCCUGUUAGAUACAGUAAUGUUAAUACCAAUUUGAUAACCUAGCAUUGUUAGCUAGAUAAUCGACCACAUACUCACUCAGAGUGACAGACAGCUAAGGUAAUGUUAGCUAGCUAGCUAAUUUUACAUCAUCGUUACAUGCGUUGUCCAUCUUAGUCCAUGGGCCAGACCAGGACAUUUCACGUAUCGGUACCAUCUGAGGUGGCAAAGGUUCAAUGGUCCUACGUUGUUCUUCACAUUUCAAUGAACAAGUUGAUGUAUGAUAGACCUGUCAAAAGAGUAGCUAAAUAUAUUUUAUAUGCCAUAAUAGAUCGGCUCAUUCACAGAGAACAGUGGCAGUAACCUGGAUGUAACAUAACGUUACCCCUCAACAGGAUACACUAAGUCGCAGUCUCUCUCCUCUUGCAGCAGACAAUACAUACACGUUAUGUAUACAACAUGUAAUGCAUGCAUGAGCUAGCUUGUAUCAAAAGCAGAAGAAAACGAGACAAAACUGAGUUUUAAGGAUUUUCUUUUGCCGCAAGUUUUUACAUUAAGUAGCCUAUGCUCCAUUCAACAUGUUGGAUACAAUAGCAAACAAUAGACCAGAUAGAUUAAUAAGGCAGCUGGCUAUUUUGCUAGCUUGCAAUCACUAACUAAUGGUAGUGUUAAGGUUUGUUAUUUGAGUGUUCUCUUAUAUUAGUCAAUAUUACAUUUGGGGUAAUGACACUGAUCCUAGAUCAGCAAUUAAAUGCAACUUUUGCCUCAAGUUUAUUCUAAUACAUUCUUAUUAAUUAUACUGCAAUGGAGAACAGGGUAAGAUGAACACUUUUUACAUUUUAAACAAUCAUGGCCAGAAAAAUACUAAUUUGAUCUAAUAAUAAAGUGUUAAUUUAUCUGGUCUAUCGUUUGCUAUCGUCCUUAAAACUCAGUUUUGUCCCAUUUUUUUCUGCUUUUGGAUAAGCUAGCUCAUGCAUGCAUUACAGGAUGUAAACAUAAUGUGUAUUUAUCCAGCAUCGUCUGUUGAGGGGUUACUGCCACUGUUCUCUGUAAAUUAGCCGAUCUAUUACAGCUUACAAAUUAUAUUUAACUACUCUUUUGACAGGUCUAUCAUGUAUCUGUUUGUUCAUUGAAAUGUGAAGAACAAUGUAGGACCAUUGAACCUUUUGCCACCUCAGAGAGUAACAAUAUUUUGCACUUAAAUUAAUACUUUGUACUUUUUAAUGCUCAGUCUUGUAAUUCUGUUAGCUUGUGACCAGCGCCAUAGGAUUCCUAAAAGUCAUCAGAAAUGAUCAUUUAGUAGCUUAUUUAUCAAACCAAAAAAAUAAUGGAGGAGCAUACCCCCGGACCCCCCUUGCGGUCUGUGUUUUUCUCUGCUCACUCAUCCUUCACACAUUUUUCACCCCUAACCAGUUUGCAUGCCUGUGAAUGAGAAUGCACAGUCUGCACCACAGUGCAUGAUAUAUAUAUAUAUACACAUACACACAUGUGAGGUGUAUAUGGACCUAGUGUUUGAACCUCUAACCUCAGCAGUGUUAGUGCCAUGCUCAUGGACUGAGCCAGCUCAGAUGAAACUAAUCCAGCCUCCAAAGUCGGUUGUAACUACUGACCAAAUAAAGAGACCGAAAGUCAAUCAGAAAGUAUUAAGGGAGCCCAGGUUCUGUUGUGUUUCACACAGCAGUGAAGUGAAGCAGAUCAGAGCUGAAAUGGUGAUCUAGGAUCUAAAUCAAUCUUAGAUAUUGAUUGUAUGUUAGUUUUACCUGAUAACAUGAAGCUUUUCUCCAAAACAAACCUGGUAACACUUUAUCUGACGUGGUUGUCAUAAACCUCAUCAGUAUCAUCAGUAUAUUAUAAACACAUUCCAAGUGCAUGAAAAGAAAUACCAGAACAUGAUAUAUUAUUCACAAUGUGAAUAAUGUGUCACAGAAAAUUUAGGGAUAAACACUUAUUGGUGGAACUGUAUAAUUAAUUCUAUGACAAAAGAGCUGUUUAAAGACCGUACCAGUGUUAUUCUGCACCGUAGCCUGACAACUAAAAGUCAUGUGUACUUUACAUAUCUACUGAGCAUUUUUCAAAGCAUAACAUCACUACGUAGACGGAUUUCCUACUUGUAAGCUCAUUUCAGAACCAUAUAAGGGCUUAAAUUAACAAUUACUUUUAUUUAAGACAAAAAAUUUAGGUCUUCAUUGCGAUGGAUCACCCAUCUCAACAUUUUCAACCAUUUAAAAUCUGACUGUAUGCUUUGUGAAGUGGUCAACAGGAAUGCUAAGUAUGCAUGAUUUGUAGUUAAAGGGGUACUCCAACAAUUUAGUGUUGCGCUUCCAUAAAGUCAGAGGACUUGCAGGACAGGAUUAGAAGCUACAGCAAAGGCAUCACAGUGACAUCAACUAAUGUGUUCCUGUGUUGAGAGUGUUAGGGAAACACUGUAUGGGAGUAUCUUAUGAGCACCACUUCUAAUAAAGUGCUACCAGGAUGUUCCCCAACAGCAGGUGAAUGGUCCAUUCUCAUAUAAAACAGCAGAAAAGCCUGGAUCACCACUCCCUUUGUGUGAGGCCAGUAGCUCUGAAAAGCAUUAAAAGGGAUGCUUCCUGUCUGUACAUAUGAACUAGAAGCCAUUUAAUAACAAAGGACAAUCAGCUAGUCACUACCCACAAUCCACUUUGGGUAGAGAAGAUUUCCACAGUAUGCCUUGCAUAUAGUGUCUUAUAUGAAGUAAUAAUGAAAAUGCAAUAACUUUAUAUUUGUUAAGAAAUUCUCUAUAUUUGAUAUGUAUCUGAUAAUAGAUUGAGAUAAUGAUCAUCUAUGUGCCAUGUUUUUUAAACAAAUACCAUGUUCUUUACUGCAUGAUGACAAUUAUGAAGUGUUUUUACUCCAGAAUGUAUUAUAGUGUGUAUUAUCCCGUCUUUAUGUGUUUGUCUAUCUGCCUGUACAGCACAAUGUGUCCCCCUCUCUAACAGUAUUACUGUGCUAGGCAGCUCUGUAGCAGGGAACCCUCACCAUGGCUCCUCCAUCUAUUAUUAUUUGUAUUAUUAUUAUUAUUAUAUUAUUAUUAUUAAUAUAGUUAGUUAUGUUUAUGUCCUCUGGAGCCAACAUUAAUUUGGUUACUUUUCAAGAUUUUGUCUUCAGUGUGUAAUUUGAUUUCAUGUUAAAUUAGGGGGAAAAAAGAAAAGUUAAAGAGUUCACACCUUCAGACUUCGUUGAAGUUGUAAAGACUGAAGUUUUCUGCUCCUCAUGAAUUAUUUCUCAGCUAAAUGAAUAGUUCAACAUUUUAGGAAAAGCUUUUAAAUGCUUUUUUUUUCUGAGAGUGCGAUGAGAAGAUCGAAAUCGAUCUAAUGUCUGUGUAUUAAGUGCAGACAUAGUUAGCUUAGCUUUAACACUGGAAGUAGAGAUAAACAGUUAGUCUGACUGUUAAAAAAUAUGCAUACAAGCACUUGUGUACUAAACACAACAAAGCUGACAACCGUAAAUUCUCAAAUAAUGGCUGGGGCCUUUAAUUACCUCAACUGCAGAGAGUACCAGGGCUUUAUUUGAAGCAGGCUUAUAUUAGAGACAGGCCUUUUAUUUCUAAUUCCCUCUGUUUGGUAAAUAUAUUUGGUCAUAUUUUAGUAUGAAGCCUCUUUUUUUCUGAUCUGCUCCAUUUACCCUGUUAAAUUUUUGCUACUGCAUUAUGCUGUUAAUAUAAACUCUACACUUCCUGUAUACAUUUCAAAUUAAAGGCCAUCUAGCGUUUCAGUGGACAGAAUCCCUUCAAUUCCUAACAAGGCUUAUAUUGUUAAACAUUUGCAGGAUCAUCGUGUGGAAAAUGUAUUGACUUGCACGGUUCCCUACAGUACUUCAAAUGUAGUUGCUGCCAUCCUGUAGCUCUUGUAAGUUACUAUACAGUUUGGCUGAGACAUUAACACACAUACAACCACAGUGACUGAAACAGGACAAUAACACUUUAGAUGAGUAAUCCAGAACAACAAAGUGUUGAAAAUAACAGUUGAAUUUAUUCAAUUAAAGCGAUGGUAAUAUACAUUAUGCUUAGUUGUCAUGCACAUUAUAUAACAGGCACCGGAGUUUAUCCACCCCUUGUUUUUUCCCCUGGCCUGUAUUUGGGGGCGGCCUUUAUUUGUUUGUGGUGACCACGCCCCCAGCCAUUAUUUGACUACCAGCUUUUAUUUGAGAAAAUAUGGUAAUUUAAAUUAACACUUUGUAUCUUGUUUUUUUCAUUCACCCAUAUAUGAAGAGAAAUGUAAAAACGGCAAUUUGUGGUUUUAGGGGUAGAUUUUUUUUGGAGCUAUAUCUUGACCACUAAUAGUUUAUUGAUCUGUUAGCUAAUUAACAUUAGCUCCAUCAGUUGGUUUCAAAACUCUCUCUGGACUUUUUCAUAUAACUGACUCGUAUGAAGAUGACAAACCUGCAAAAGGGUCUAAAAUAUACAUUUGAUGGCUUCAUACAUGAUAUCAUGGUAAUUAAGUGCUCUGUAAUGAUUGAAAAAAGACGGGCUAAAGCUAUAUGUCCCAGGCAAAAGGUCAGCUUUCUCACCAGUUGAUGAAACAUGCAGACAACAAAUAAAGGAGCAACAUUGUUGUAUCACAGGAUGGAGUUUGUAUGCCCUAAUAUCGUAUUAGAAGAAAAAAUUUAAUGUUAUUUCUUUCUAACAACAUCAUUCAGAUACUUAAAAUAGUAGUAUUUUCAAGCAAAAUGUUUCAUUUUUACAUGAGAAAAGGGUGUGAGGAUGAGGUUAGUUUGGCAAAGUAAACUUCCCCAAAUCCAAUAUAUAUUCCAUAUUAUACUCCAGAUAUUCCAUAUUUAACCCACAGACAUGAGACUGAUAUCCAUCUUCUCAUCUCACUCUAUGAAAGGAAGCUACUCAGCGAAUUUCCCAAAAUGUUAAAUUAUUCAUACAUUAUGAUAAUUUUUUGUUUUACGGCUAACUUGGCAGCCCUCUGGAAGCCGAGAGGAAUAGUAUUUUUAUCAGGGAGCUCAUUUCUCCUGUCUUUCCAUAUGAUGUUAAUUUCUUUGCAUCAUCACUGUGUUUGACUUUGUAAAAGUUCCAUGAAUUAAAAAAAAAAAGAUUUGGAAGAAAGUCAACAGGAUGCAUAUUUCAUGAAAUAUAAAAAAAAGCAAUACCACAACCAA